AUGUCUGGCUGCAUGGAAUCCUGCAGACCCUAUGGGGUGAGCUGCCCUCAGCCCAUUGCCCAGAGCUACAACGAGCCAUGUGUGCAGCAGUGCCCUGACUCCAGAGCAGUGAUCUUGCCCCCACCAGUGGUGGUGACAGUCCCUGGCCCAGUGCUCACCUCUUUUCCUCAGGAUAGCAUUGUGGGAUCAUCAGGCCCAGUUGGACUGGGGGGCUCCUUCAGCUCCCAAAGCUCUGGGGGCUCUUUUGGUCUGGGAGGGUCUCGAAGUUAUGGGAGCUCCUUUGGCUUGGGGGGUUCCCGGGGCUAUGGGAGCUCUCUGGGCUAUGGGGGCUCCUUUGGCUCAGGGGGCUAUGGAGGAUCUCGGGGCUACAGGAGCUCCUUUGGUUUGGGAGGCUAUGGAGGAUCCCGGGGCUAUGGGAGCUCCUUUGGCUCAGGGGGCUAUGGGGGAUCCUGGGGCUAUGGGAGCUCCUUUGGUUCAGGGGGCUAUGGAGGCUCCCAGGGCUAUGGGAGCUGCCUGGGUUAUGGAGAUGACAUGAGCCACGGGGGUUCCCUGGGCUAUGGGGGCCAGUAUGGCUCCAGUGGCUUUGGCAGUUGUGGCAGGUCCUACAGCUCUGGCCUCUCCUCCUGUGGCACUGGCUUCUUCCCUGGUGCCCAGCGUUGGAGCAGAUCUCGCCGUGGGAGCUGUGGAUCUUUCUAA